GCUGGAAUCACUCGCCCCGCAGCGGUUUCGGAGCCUUCCGUCUGCAGCGGGGUCUCUCCCUCCCUCCCUCCCUCCCUCCUGGCUGGAGGUGGGAAAGGGGACCUGGCUCCUGCGGUUUUGUGCUCGUCCCUGCAGGCCUCCGGUUCCAGGAGUCUGUCAGGGCUGGCACAGGCUCGGUUUGGCUCUCUCCGGUGUCCAAACAGGCUCCUGGCUUUUCUGCUUGCAGAAGAAAACCUCUUACAACUUUUUAAAGCCCCGGAGAAGCAGGAGGCGCGUUGGAAAACAGGCGAUCCUGGGAUUUACUAUUUUUUUUUUACAAUCUCAUCAUUUUGGGCCUGACUCACGGCUUUUGAAUGUUUGGGAUGGGCAGCCAAGGGGGAACGUAAGUUUGCUCAGCACAAGCAGAGCGGCCAGGCAGGAGGGACAGACAUCUGUGCGGUGACAAGGUGACAGAGGGGGGUCAUCCUGCCCCCAGCUGCUCUCCAUCCUCGCCAGGGCUGGCUGGGGCUGCUCAGAGCCAGCACGGUGGGUGGGCUGCCCAGAGCAGCCCCCCGGCUCCCCAGGAUGGCGCGGGAGGCAGCCCCUGUCCUGCUGCUCGUCCUUGCCAGGCUGGUGGCAUCCACGUGGCACGAAGGGUCUGGCUACUACCUGGAGAGUCACACCAACGAGGUGUACGCAGAAGAACCCCCCCCUGAGCCUGUCCUGGAUUACCACCGAGUGCCCCAGUGGUGCGCCACGCUCAGCAUCCACCGCGGAGAGGCCACUUGCUACUCCCCGCGGGGCAGCUCCUACCGCAGCAGCCUGGGGACCCGCUGCGAGCUGAGCUGUGCCCGUGGGUACCGCCUGGUGGGUCCCGCUGCCGUCCGGUGCCUGCCCAGCCGCCGCUGGUCGGGGAUGGCGUACUGCCGACAGAUCCGGUGCCACGUGCUGCCAGCGGUGCUGCGGGGCUCCUACGCCUGCUCGGCGGGCGUGCAGAUGGAUUCCCGAUGUGACUACACCUGCCUGCCCGGCUACCAGCUGGAGGGCGACCGCAGCCGCAUCUGCAUGGAGGACGGGCGCUGGAGCGGGGGCGAGCCAGUCUGUGUAGAUCUGGAGCCUCCCAAAAUCCGCUGUCCAGACUCCCGGGAGCGCAUAGCAGAGCCAGGCAAGCUGACUGCCACCGUCUACUGGGACCCUCCCCGCGUGAGGGACUCUGCUGACGGUGUCAUCAAGAGGGUGAUGCUGCGGGGCCCCGAGCCCGGCUCCGAGUUCCCUGAGGGAGAGCAUGUGAUCCGCUACACCGCCCACGACCAGGCCUACAACCGCGCCAGCUGCAAGUUCAGCGUCCGCGUCCACGUGAGGCGCUGCCCUGUCCUGAAGCCUCCGCAGAACGGGUACAUCUCCUGCACCUCCGACGGCAACAACUACGGUGCCACCUGCGAGUACCUGUGCGACGGGGGCUUUGAGCUCCAGGGCACCUCCCUGCGGGUCUGCCAGUCCAGCCAGCACUGGACGGGCUCCCAGCCCCUUUGUGCACCCAUGCAGAUCAACACGGAUGUGCACUCGGCCGCCAGCCUGCUGGACCAGUUCCACGAGAAACGCCGCCUCUUGGUCAUCUCGGCCCCCGACCCCUCUAACCGCUACUACAAGAUGCAGAUCUCCAUGCUGCAGCAAGCUGCCUGCGGGCUGGACCUGCGCCACGUCACCACCGUGGAGCUGGUGGGGCAGCCCCCACACGAGGUGGGACGCAUCCGGGAGCACCGGCUGUCCCUUGGCAUCAUCGAGGAGCUCAGGCGCUUCCUGCACCUCACCCGCUCGCACUUCAACGCGGUGCUGCUGGACAAGGCGGGCACGGACCGCGAGCGCUACAUCUCCCCAGUCAGCCCCGAGGAGCUCUUCGUCUUCAUCGACACCUACCUGCUGAGCGAGCGCGAGGCAGCACGGCGGGCACAGAGCGGGGACCCCUGCCAGUGACCCCCGCCCUGCCCGGGCACCGACACCUUCCCGCCUGCUUCUCUGUCGCCCGCUGCAGAGGAGGAGCGGGGUGCCAAGGUGCCAAGGAGCUCAGGGAAGGGAGUCCCUCUGGCUGCCCUGGCACACGGAGCUGAGCAGGGACUGCGUGCCAGCGGUGCCCCGCUGCCCAGAGCCGGGAGCUGUUUCCAGCUGGGGGAUGGUUCAGCCCAGCCAGGACCCUGGCGGGAGACCCUGGGGUGCCCCUGCUCGAUCCCAGGGCUGGGGGGAACCGGGGAGCCAGAGGAGAGCAGCAGGGCAGGGAGGGCAGCACGACAGCCUCGAGCACAGCAGCUUCAGCCUCCCCACGGCUCACCCUGUGCACACCCUGGACCCGAUGCCUCCCACUCUGAAACCCUGAUUAAAAGCAAAUUGCCCCUGCCCAGCAGAGCCCAUAGCAGCCAGCCAGCGUGCAGUCCACUCUAAAGGGCUUGCCAUCUCCCCUGCCAGUCACUCCCUCUCCCACCACCCAUGGGGAACCCUUUCUGGGAACUGCUUUGGCAGUAGAAUAUUCACUUGAAAUAAAUAGAUUUGUAUAAAAA